CAUCCAUCCACCACACCACUUGCCUCCAAACAAAAAUCUGACCUGACCUGACCUCCUCCUCGGCUCCUCCUCCUCACCCACAACUCUUCCCAAUGUCGCCUCCCCUCGAGCCGCACGACUACAUCGGCCUCUCCGCUGCGGCGGCGUCCCCGACGCCGAGCUCGUCGUCCUGCUCGUCCUCGCCGAACCCAGGCGGCGAGGCCCGCGGCCCACGCCUCACGCUCCGCCUCGGCCUCCCGGGGUCGGAGUCCCCCGAGCGGGAGGUCGUCGCCGCGGGGCUCACCCUCGGGCCUCUGCCCCCGACCACCACCAAGGCGGCCUCCAAGCGCGCCUUCCCCGACUCCUCCCCGCGGCACGGCGCCAGCUCCGGCUCCGUCGCCGCCGCCGCAGCUUGCCAGGACAAGGCGGCCCCCGCCGCCGCUCCGCCGGCUGCAAAGGCGCAGGUGGUGGGAUGGCCGCCCGUGCGGAACUACCGAAAGAACACGCUGGCGGCGAGCGCCUCCAAGGGCAAAGGGGAGGACAAGGGCACGGCUGAAGGGGGCCCUCUCUAUGUCAAGGUGAGCAUGGAUGGAGCCCCCUACCUCAGGAAGGUCGACCUCAAGAUGUAUUCUAGCUAUGAGGACCUCUCCAUGGCUCUCGAGAAGAUGUUCAGCUGCUUCAUCACUGGUCAAAGCGGUUUGCGUAAAUCAUCAAACAGAGAUAGGCUUACUAAUGGUUCAAAGGCUGAUGCCCUCCAAGACCAAGAGUAUGUCCUUACAUAUGAAGAUAAGGAUGCUGACUGGAUGCUUGUUGGUGAUCUUCCUUGGGAUUUGUUUACCACUAUCUGCCGGAAAUUGAAAAUCAUGAGAGGAUCUGAUGCUGCUGGAAUAGCUCCAAGAUCAAUAGAGCAGUCAGGGCAGAGCAGAUAAGAUUAACCUUCGUCCGGACGAGAAAGGCAACUGAUCUAGCAGCUUUGGAAUUGUUCAUCGCAAGUAUCCCAAAUAUCUCAAUGUCUGUGUAGUUUAAUGUGUUCAUCAGACCUGUGCAUUGUAUGUCUGUAAUUUGUUCCUUUCAGAUCGUGCAAUUGUGCGUUGCCCCCUCUUUUCUUUGCAUUGAAGGUCAAGUCGGGCUCUUGUCCGCUUAUUUCUCUAAAUCCUAGUCAGUUCAAAAAUUAUCCAUCAUGACACAUGAACUGAUGGUGGAUAAUAUGGCAAGAAGCUUUUCUAAUCAUUCAAGCUUGAACCUCUUGUGUGUUCUACUACUAUAUUACAUGAAAGAAAAUGUCUAAUGUCUAUAUGUUAA